AAAACAAAUCGAAUUUUUUUCAAUCCGGCGAUAAAAAUUUUGCAACUUUUCAAUCGAAAAAUCCGUCAAAAUUUAUUAAAUUUCACGCUUAAAAACAUGAUAAUAUAGUAAAUGAAGAGUUAUAUCGUUAUAUAAUUGCUUCCUCGGUUUCUAAUCGCUCUAUAGAAUGCUAACCUCUCGUCUACUUGGGUCUCGUUUCCCUUACAAACAGUUGACCAGGAACUUCAACUUCUUCCGAUCAAAAAAAGAUUCAGAGCUCGACGAAGUCGUACCGAUCACUGAAACCACACCUUUAGAAUCAUCGGCCGAGCAGCCUCGUAAGAUAGAAAUCCCCAAACGUCAGCUACCUUAUCUAAAUCCACACGUACCAAUUUGUCAAGCAUGGGUCGAGAAUUUGGACACAAAAGGUAAAAAUCUGUUGGGAAUAAUCGAUCUGCAUCCCCAAGUAUUCGGUACUAUGCCUCGAGUUGAUCUCGUUCACGAAAAUAUCGUUUGGCAGCAGAAAUACAAAUACAUCAGUUGGAAGACGGCUCCGUCAAAACUUGAAAUACGCCGAAGUCUUAAAAGACCUUGGCAAAGGAAAGGUACUGGUAGAGCUCGACAUGCGAACAGAAAAUCGCAUGUAUUCAUGGGAGGUGCGGUUUGUCACGGUCCUAGAGGUCCUAAAACCGAGUUUUAUAUGUUACCCUUUACCAAACGAGUGCUAGGAUUGUGUGCUACUCUUUCGAUUAAACUAGCUCAAGAUGACAUACAUUUCAUCGAUCAACUAGAAAUCCCUACGGAUGAUCCUAAUUAUUUAUUAGAAUUGGCUGAAGAACGUAAAUGGGGAUCUUCGGUUUUGUUCGUAGACGAAUCUGAUGUAUUGACUCAGAAUAUGGCUUUAGCGUUGGAUCAAAUACCCCAAUUCAUGGCUAUGCCUGCUUAUGGAUUGAAUUGCUACAGUAUGCUGAAAUUUGAAACUUUAGUUCUAACUCUGGAUGCACUCGAACGAAUCGAAGAGAGAUUAAUAUGGCAUUUGCAUAAUCCUCAAUCCGUAGCGAGAAAGUUUGAUAAAUCAGAAAUUAGAUAUUAGAUUUAAUUUGUUAAAAUUAUAUUUUGUUUUCUUAUUUGUAUACGUUGUAAUGAACAUCAUUCUGUCUUAAUAAUACUGAUUUUAUUUUACAAAUCGUUGUUAAUGGUUUCUGAAAUUUAACAGAAACAGAUAUCUACACGUGUGUAAAUUGAUAUUUGAUGAUACUGGAAUUUUAGAUGAAAUGAGAGAAUUUAUUUGAACUAAUAUCUUCAAAAUUCGUUUGAGUCGGUUCAAAUCCAGAAUUUUAUCCUUUGAAAAAAAUGAAAAAUUUACUGUUUGCGAACCAAUGAACGAAAAAAGCUGAAAUUUGGUUUACACUCUAUUUUUGACCUCUCCAGUCGAUUUGUUAUGGGUUUCAGUUAUUUUGGAGCCUCUAACAGAUUUCUGAAUUUUCCAGUUUUUGAAAAGAGAAAUCGAAAAUAAGUUCAAACUGAAAUUCAGUACCAAUAAUCUUGGAUUUACUCUACUCGGGAGGUUCAAAAUAUCUAAAUUUCAGCAUUUUUCGAUUAAACGUUCGCGAAUGGCAAAUUUUUCACUUUUUCUAAAAUAACCAGAGGAGAAAAUUUUGAAUUUUGAAUUUGGAUCAGCACAAACUAAUUUUGAAAAUAUAUGCUCAAGUCAGUCAAAAGGUCUACAAGUAUGGUAAAUUCGAGUUUAUAAGGGCUGCAUUUCAUUUUGAUCCUAUUUACGGAAUUUUUUUGAGUGGUAUGUAUAGACCUGCGUAGGUAUGUUUGAUCAUAUUGUUUUAUGAUUUAUAAAUAAUUAUUUUUACGUAUAAUUUAUAAGAUAUUUGAGCUGGGUGUACCGUUUACGAAUUAUACACCGGAAAGAUCAUGUUCCCUGGAAAAACUAAUAAUCAGAUGUUGAAACUGUUUAUGGAUCUAAAAGGUAAAUUUCCGAAUAAAGUGAUCUGUAAAAGCGCUCACAGAGAUCAACAUUUCGAUGGGAAAUUGUAAUUAUUUAUACCACGAAGUAGAUAAAGUUACUGAACGAGAGAAAACGGUAGUUAUGUCGACAAUAAGUGUGACUCGCGAUUUACAGAGUGAACUAGUUGGUAAUCAGAGAUUACCGGAUGAUCAGGCGAAAAAAGUUAAUCAGCUGAAGGAUCUAUUGGAGAAGAUAGUAACGCUAGAUGCUACGAAACGUAUCGCCAUUAAUCAAGCAUUGAUGCAUCCAUUUAUCGUCGAGAAAAUUUGUCGAAGGCGUCCAGAAUAUACUCGUAUCAGAAGAACAAGAAGAAAGCGAUUGCGAUACAGUCAUAUAUAGAUUCAGACGCUCCCAGGAUUACGGUGAUUUCCCACUUUCGAAUUCGAUUGAAGAUGAAUACGAGUACCUAUUUCCUCCUAUGAUCGUUGCAGUGCUGCUGAGUCAGUUGACACGCCUUCUAUUCCGGUGAUUUUCUACUUUCGAUUGAAGAUGAUAAUAAUGGUUAACGAUGAAUUGAAAACGAAUACGAGUGUUUCCUGCUGUAGGUAGUUGCAGUGCUGCUGAGUCAGAUGAAAAGUAUAAAUGGCUAGAUUGUUAUAUUGUCCGGUGCCUGAAUGAGCUAUAUUGGUCGAUUUAUGUAUUACCUACACACCUACUUAGGCACUGCCUGGAUUCCGGUGAUUUUCUACUUUCGAUUGCAGAUGACGAUGAUAGUUGAGCAUGAAUUGAAAACGAAUACGAGUGUUUCCUGCUGUUGUUUCAGUGCUGCUGAGUCAGAUGAUUCAGGUGUCAUUUUUUUGUUGAGUUUCGAAGAAACACGUUGAAGAUCCGGUUGAAGGUGAUGAUCUGAUGGAUAUUCUUGAUUACGUAUCGUAGCUGUGCUGUAUAAUUAGACAGAAUGAUGCUGAUUUUUUUUUUUCUGUCAAUUUACGAAGAAACAUGAUAACGAUCCCGUGUCUGGUUGAAGAUAUAUGUACUUUAACGAACGAUCUUGACUAACGUUGCUGAGCUGCAUCUAGAUCGAAUGCGUACGCGAGAUAUUUCCCCUCCCUCUGAAGAUGAAUUUGACGCGAUUUUUGGAAUUUCUGCUAGGAUUGGAUUGGAUCGGGUAUUGUCUUGGCAGUUAUAGGCGAAUUAGCGGUGCGUCAUUGUCCGUCGGUGAUGGCCACUAAUUGAAGUGCCUCCGCAUGAUUGUGGAUGACGGAUAUGAGCCGGAUGAUUGGUCAACGUGGCGACUUACUCAGAUGGACUUCCUGACACGAAUUGUGCUUCCGUGCUGGUGGAUGCUGAUUUCGUUGCGUAUCCGAGCCGUGGCGAGAUCACUAAAGGUAUUCCACCUGGCCAUUCUCCUAUCCGGUCAGCUUGGGUACGGUCGGAGAGAAAGUCUGCUAUAUAGUCUGUGUUAGUUGGGGUUGAAAUUUAAGCGUGUUUUUUCUGUUGAAAAUUUCUAAAUUUUGUCUUGCUUUUUUAUUUUUUAUUUAUUAUUUUUUUUUUCAAUUCAAUCAUUAUUUUUGGCUUCAUAUUUCCUUACAUUAUUCUCCCGUCUCUAUAAAAGGUGUAAACAAUUUUAAGGGUUGGUUUCAAUAUAAGGCAAGUAUGGCGUGCUAUGAGUUUUCUAUGUAAAUUUCAUUUUUUCCAUUUUUUUAUUUUUUAUUUUUCAUUAAAGUUGUCCCUGUGCAUAACUUAUGUCCAACUUUACCAGAUCGUCUCGGUGGCCCAAGGGAAUUGUCGCCGGCGGGCCUGUGGAGUACUGGUAAUGCAAAAUUACAUUUUUUUUCUGCACAUUCUCUUGAUUUUCGCGAAAAGAUCGCAACUUUCGGGUGGAGGAGUUGCGCAACCGGCUCAUGUCUUGGACGUUACGGCGUAGCCUCCGCGUGUCCCAUGAGAUCCCACUCCCUCAGCAGCAACAGUCUGGAUAAGCCAACUUUACCGCUUCGCAAUGCCAUUAAUCGGGUUGGCGGUACUGCAAAAAGCUGCACUCUAAGUUUUUGGACCGCGCGUAAAGAUCGCUACGCUCGAGGGAAGACGUAGCGCAGGUUCUCCUGGACGUACCCGGUAUCGAUACUGGCGCGGGUUCCUUGAGAAAUCCUCUUCCCUCAACCCAUUCUCAGUCCUUUGGGUGGGGUAUUCUUGUUCAUGAUGAUGCGUGAAGGGGUAAAGUAGGCGGACUACUUUGCCAAGAUGGAGAGAAUGUGGUCUUCUAAUUGAAUGCAACGAAAAAAUGAACGUACGUGAAUGAUGCUCGUCGAAGGAUUUCACAAAGUAAUUGUCGAAGAUGGAAGCAGUUUUCUCUGAACAUGUGACAAGAAAGAAAUGCUGGCAAUAAUCGCAAAGGAAAUGAAAAAAUGAAUAGAUUUGUAAAAAAUGCUCGUCAAAGGAUUUUACAACGUAGUUGUCGAAGAUGGAAUCAGUUUCCCAAUUGCUGGAAGCGAAGACAGAACCUGAUUUAAGAAUGCAUGGAAUUCAGAUGCAGAUCCUAUCUAUACGCGUGAUAUCAUCAGCUCCAGAAUAUACAUAUCCAGCUUCGAACGUGUAACACCAUGUGAGGCGAAGACAGAUCCUGAUCUAAAAAUGGAAUUCAGAUGUAGAGCCUUUCUACGUGUGGUAUCAUCAGUUCCAGAAUAUUCUCCAGCUUCGAACGUGCGAUACCUAACUGAUAUCUCUCGCCUCUCUCUCGCAUGUCCAGUUUCAAUUUUACGCGAUCAGCUUUUGACGGAAUAACCAGCGCAGCGUGGCGAUUUUAUUCAGCGGAACCGAAAUUUUACCGAGCUUCGAGAAGUGUACGUACAAUGUUUGUAAAUUGAACUUGUCGCCCCCUCCCUUAAUCGCAGCAUUUGGCUCGUUGGCCUAUGAGCUUUAUACGAUAUAGACGCGAUACAGCGCGGAAUAAUUAUUUUAGAAGUACCUACCUCCAGACUACCAGCUCGCUGAACGAUAUUUUUACGUGCGAAUUUUUUGAUUGGUCAUCGUUGCUCUCAUUGACCUAUAAGUACUUUUGAACGCAGCGCUCGAGCGUGAUAAUUUUAGCUGCCACGAUUAUUCUAGCUCAUUGAAGAACUGUAUUUUACGCAUGCGAAUAUUUGUAAAUGUGAUUAUGCCCUCACCUGGCUAUUUGGAUUGAAAUGAAUUUAUUGGAAAAGCUCUAGAUUAUUCCCUAUGAAGAUGGAGUAGUAGUCGCAUAUUAUUGAGAACUUGCUUGAAAGUUCCCUGCAAUGUUUAUGUAGCACUUAUACCUACUUGUACCGCUACACUUAUCGAUUUUAUGAAUUAUUCGCGCAGAUAUUUUGACGUUUUAUUCACGAUGAGAUCCUUUUUUUCCAAUUGGUGGAUGAAUAUCGUCGACGUAUUGGAUUUUGAAGCUGGACGUAUAUGAUACACGAGUAUUCUUACGCUUAAUUUUAUCACUUGUACGGCGCAAUACUGACUCACAACAACAACGCUUGCGGUACUUCUACUUACCAGAAGUUUUUUUUUUUUUUAAAUUGGAUAGGUACAAGAAUAUUUCGGAUUAAAAUUGGAUGGGGCGAUGGUAUUUGGCUAUUUUCAAAAUUUUGUUGUAAGUGACGCGCCGAUGUUGGUAUCUGGUCAACCUGGAGACCUCACAACAUCGGAAGAGACCCGGAGGGUUUUGCGAUGCCUACUGCGAUCGUCCCCGGCAUCCGGGAUUCCAUGGCGGCAUGGUAGGGUCGCAUUAAACGAAGGGUAAUGAGGGAUGGUAGAUUUUACACGUUUAACUAGAUAUCUAACAUUGUUCGAAUCGCAGGUCGAAAGGUCUUUUGAUCGUCGGAGGCGUUCUUUGUGGUACCUCGUGUGCUACUUUUUCCUUCAAAAACACGCUGUGACGUGUGAUUUUUGCUGCGAACGAGUCGUAUACGAGUUCUCCAAGGCGUCGUCGGGCGAUUUGUGGUGCGUGAAAGUGCGUGUGUUGAAGCUGCAGGCGAGUGUAGGGAAUUGAGAUACUGUUCCGGAGAGUUGGGCCCGACAAAGGGUUCGAUUGUCUGGACUGUUGAGAGUGCGAGAAGAGCGGAUGUCGAUCUGGAUUUUUAUGCUUUGUUAGAAUCUAGUCAAGGGUGUAAGGUCUUUCCGUCAUCGUAUUGGGUAGAGAAAUAAUCGAAAAUUGAACUAUUAAAAUGAUUAGCAUCGAAAUUUCUAGGAAUGUGUUUUAGUCAUCAUUGGUCGGAUGGGAGAUGACUGGGGUUCGAUUUUUUGGUACUGUGUGAAGAGUCAGGUACAGGUGAGUCGUUACUAUGUUAUGUAUUAUAAGUUAGUUUACACGAGUCGAUUCAGGUGAGUCGUUAUUUAAUUACUUAUUAAUUAAGAUCAGCUUUUUUUGCGUCAAAUUUGAGAUAUGAGACAAGUGACGAGAGCAAAAUUGUCGAUCAUUCACGCUGGUUUACGAUGAAAUUUGUCAAGAAAUUGAGAUUAGGACCCCCCCUCCCGUCCCUCUAAUUUUUAUGUAUAUUAUCAUGUUUAUGUUGUAUAAUUUCUGUUUGUGUAUUUUUUAUUUUUUUUGAAAAUUUGUAUCAUGUUAUUAUUAUUCGUGUAAUUUUGUAAUGACCAAUCAUGGUUUUUCACUGUCGAGCGGCCGGCAGUGUUUUUUACUCCAGAUUGGUCAACGUGUUGUAGAAUUAAGUUUGUAUUUAUUUCAUUGCCGUUAAAAAAUUGAAACGAGUUUCGUUU